AGGACUUUGAAGAUGAGCUUCAAGGGGCAACAAUUGUGUAUGAUGAGCGUGAGGGAGGAGCAGCAGGGGGAGCAGGGAGAGAAGAGGAGGAUGGGGAAGCAGCACGGUCAGCGACUGAGUUGAAAGAGCAAGGCAAUGCGGCAUUUUCUCGAGGCGAAUACGAGGAGGCAGUGGGACUCUUCACUCGCGCCAUUCAAGCCGACCCCAGCUCAAGUGUUCUCUUCAGCAACCGAUCAGCCGCCCAUGCAGCCAUGAAGAAUUUCCAGCAGGCGUUGCACGAUGGCAGGAAGGCGCUGCAGCUGCAGCCGCGGUGGGCCAAGGCGUACUCUCGCAUUGCAGUGGCGCAUUACGGGAUGAAACAGUAUGUGGAGGCAGCAGCAGCAUACGAGAAGGGGCUGAAGUGUGACCCUCUCAGCACCAUGUGCAGGCAAGGGCUGCAACAGGCGCGGGAGAGGUGGCAGCAGGAGGAUGAGAAGGAGGCCAAGAGUGGGAAACACACGUUUCGCAAGCGGAAAACGGCAGAGGGGGGGGCGAAAGGGGAGGGGAAGGGGGAAGAUGCGCUGGUAAGGAAAGGAUGGGGAGAGGGGGAAGGGGGGGGGGGGGGGUGGGGGGAGAAGUGA